CACACCCAAGUAUAAUCGCAUUUCAUCAAACACCCCACGUUCGUCUUGAACUAGCCAAGCGAGAGACCGUCCGUGUUUGCAGCCGGCCGGCCGGCCGACUGGAGCCGACGAUCUCCCAAUGGACCUCGUGGUCGGCGCGUCGAGCGACGCGGCGAAGUCCCUGGUGAACAAGCUCGGGAGCCUCCUGGCGAAGGAGUACGCCCUGAUCGAGGGCGUCCGCGACGACAUCCAGUACAUCAACGACGAGCUGGAGAGCAUGCAGGCGCUCAUCAGCACGCUCAAGCGCGCCAGGACCCGCAGCGAGCAGCGUCAAGGGUGGAUGAAGCAGGUCCGGGAGGUCUCCUUCGACAUCGAGGACUGCAUCGACGACGUCAACCACCGCCUCCGGGAGGAGCCCCGUGGCGGCCGGCUCGUCUACCUCCGCCGGAAGUGGUACCUCCUCACUACGCUCUACGCGCGCCGCUGCAUCGCCGCGGAGAUCCGGGACCUCAAGCUCCGGGCGCAGCACGUCAGCGAGCGCCGCGCCAGGUACGGGGUGGAGAACCUCACGGCCGCAGAUCUGAAGGAAAUCAGCGAGGACGCGGAGGCUCCUCGGGACCUCGUGCCGCCGCCUCCCCAGCUGAUUCACACCAGACAGAUCGUGGGCAUGGAGGACGCCAUAGAGGAGCUCCAAGUGUGGAUUAGGAAGGAGGAACCCAAUGCUGCGCAGAGCACCUGCAAGACGAGGUUCCUUGCCAUUUUUGGAUCCGGCGGCAUUGGUAAGACCACGCUCGCCAUGGAGUUGUAUCGCAAGGUUGGGGGUGAAUUCCACCGUAGAGCGUCCGUGCAGGUGUCGCAGAAAUUUGAUUUGCUGAUGCUUCUGAGGAGCCUUGUCAGGCAACUGCAGCAGUUCGGUGCUGAUCCUAGGGAUGAAGAACCCCUUGACAGAAUCGAGAAAAUGGAAGAAGGGCCGCUGAAAGAGAAACUCCAGAGCCAAUUAAAAGAUAAAAGGUAUCUUAUACUGAUAGAUGACAUAUGGUCGGUAUCAGCAUGGGAAAAGAUUAAGGAUUGUCUGCCUGAAAGGGAGUGUGGUAGACUAAUUGUGACCACAAGGUUUAAAUCUAUUGCCGUGGCCUGUCAACGUCGUCAAAAAGGUGAUUGUUUACAUGAACACAGAAAACUAGAUAAAAAGAAAUCCUACCAUUUGUUUCGUCAAAUUAUCUCCAGCGCUCCUGAGGAUCCCACUGUGGCUGCUAAAAAUCUUUUGGAUAAAUGUGGAGGUAUACCCUUGGCAGUAAUUGUUGUAGCAGGGCUUAUUGCUAGUAAACUGAGAUCAGAGACUAGCAAAAAGACUUUGCAUGAUUAUUUGCAGGACGUAGAUAAGGCUUUGAGUGAAGGGUUAGGAACUCCUCCCAGCACGGAUGAGGUGAAGAAAAUACUUGACCAGUGCUACAACAGUUUGCCGGCUGAUCUCAAGACAUGCUUGCUAUACUUGAGCAUGUUUCCCAAGGGCUGCAUUAUCAGCAGGAAGCGUUUGAUCAGAAGAUGGAUAGCAGAAGGCUUCAUGAUCGAGAAGCAUGGGAAGCCUGUGCAGGAAGUGGCCGAGGACAGCUUCAACGAACUCAUUAGCAGGAACUUAAUCCGUGCGGUCAACAACACCAGCAACGGCAAGGUGAAGAGCUAUCAAAUCCACGACAUGGUUCAUCAGUACAUUGUUUCCAAGUCAACCGAUGAGAACUUCAUCACCGUAGUGGGUGGCCACUGGCAGACACCAUUCCCGAGAUACAAGGUACGCAGGCUCUCGGUUCAGAGAAGUGAAGAGAAGCAAACUGUUGAGCAGAUGAAAUUGUCCCAUGUUCGAUCCUUGACGGUGUCCGAGAGCUUCAAACCAAUCCGUUCCUGCCUGCCCGACUUUCGGAUACUGCAGGUGCUAGAUCUUGAAUGUUGCAAAGAUUUGUCGUCCCAUCAGCUCAGGAAAAUAUGCAAAAUGCACCAGUUGAACUACUUGAGCCUGCGCAGGACAGACAUUGAUGAGAUCCCGCCUGAAAUAGCCAAUCUGGAAUACUUGGAGGUACUUGACAUAAGGGAGACAAGAGUAAGAAAAUUCCCUCGGUUAGAUGGGGAUCUUGCGAGGAUGACCCAUCUGCUUACGGGCGAUAAAAGUAAGCGGACAGGAUUGGCAUUAACAGAAGAAAUCACUAACAUGACAGCUCUUCAAACACUGUCUGGGGUUGAGGUAUAUGGAAUUCCAGCAGCCAAAUGGCAAAUAGGAGGACACAAGGCGUCGAGCUGGGGCUCGUCCGUACAAGUGCUUGAAGCCUUGGAGAAGCUCACCAAUCUGCAGAAACUCAGCAUUUACUUACAUGGGAAGUUUGAAGACGAAUGUGAUAAGUUUUUGCUGUCCUCCAUUGAGCACCUGAGCAGCUGCUCCCUCAAAUUUCUUGCAAUUGACGAUGACUUCACCGGUUUUCUUGACAAGUCACUAAAUUCUUCAGAAGCACCUCCAGAGCAUCUGCACACCCUUGAGCUUUCCGGCAUGUUAACUCGAGUGCCUGGGUGGAUCGUCCGUCUGCAUAGUCUCCACAAGCUUACUCUGUCGUUAACCUCACUCACGGCAAGUACUUUGUUGGAUCUUAGUAAACUGCCUCAGCUCUUCUCUCUCACUUUUUCACUGGAUGCAACAAAGUCAAAGAAUCCAAUAGCUGUCAAAAUUCUGCAUAAGAACGUAUUGGACUCGGAUGGAGAGAUGCUUGUGGAAGCCGGGGGAUUCGAAAACCUUCAAUUACUACGCUUCAUGGCACCUGUGAUGCUGCCUCUGAGCUUCCAGAAAGGGGCAAUGCCGAUGCUACAGAAGAUUGAACUCAAGUUCAGAACUGCAAAUGGUGUUUAUGGCCUGGAGAACCUAGGGCGCCUUGAGGAGGUGUACAUUUCAGUCAGCAGCAAGGAGAUCAAGGCCGCCGAGCAGAUCAAGCAAUUGGCGAACAGGAUUGGGAAUCGCCUCACGGUGAUCGACGACGAGUACAAUGAAUCAUCAUUGGAGCAAUAGAUCUCGUCUAAAUAAUCCUCGCGUUUCAAGUGUUGGGCUGUCAUGUUGUCCCAUCUAGCAUGGGGAUUGUAACUUUUUUUUACUCUUCAGUAAAGUCCUUUUCCUUCCCCACUGUACAUGACUUCUUGGGCUUUUGCCCGUUGUGGUUCCCUUAAAAAACACAUUUCAAGUGCUAUUUCGUUGAUGUUGUUUUUAUGUGUA